AAUAAACCUCCUACUAAGUUGCUAAGUUGCACUCGUGCGUACCGGUUUCGAUCGUUUGUUUGUUGAUUUGCUCGUCGCGUGUUUUGUUACGAGUUCUUGCUGCCGAAUUUUGAGCUUUGUACCGCCAUUAGGACGCGUCAAGACUUGUUUGUUUGUGCAAUUAAUUCUUAAAGCAAUAGCGGCCUUUGAAUAUUGUUGUUGUUAUUGUUGUGUGUCAGACCAUAAUUUUUAUCGCUUUGUUUUUGGCAAAGAUUUUGGCAUUUAUUUACAUUUUAUAAUAUAUAUAAUAUUCGUGGCAGUUAAGUGGGAGUGCUCGCAAAUUAUAUACACACACACACACUUUAAUAUUCUUACUUUUGUUUACGAGCGCGAUCAGCUGUGAGUAGUUUUUGGACGCCAUUAUGGUACUGCUGGGAAAAUUAGCAAUUGUUACUGGCGCUGGUUCUGGCAUCGGGCGCGCCACCUGUCGCGUGCUAGCGCGAGAUGGUGCUCGAGUGAUCGCAGCUGAUCGCAAUUUGAGAGCCGCCGAGCAAACCGCGAAAGACAUUGGCAUUGAUCAUGUUGUUGCGUUGGAGUUGGAUGUGGCUUCGUUGGAGAGUGUGACUAAAGCGGUUGCUGCGUCCAUUGCGCAAUUCAAGCAACCACCUUCGAUUGUCGUCAACUCAGCCGGCAUCACACGUGAUGGCUACCUACUCAAGUUGACCGAGAAGGACUACGACGAUGUGUACAAGGUGAAUUUGAAGGGCACUUUCUUGAUGGUCCAACAAUUUGCGCGCGCCAUGAUUGAGCAUCACGUGCGUAACGGCAGCAUCAUAAAUAUAUCGAGUAUUGUGGCACGCAUUAGCAAUCCCGGCCAGGCUAAUUAUGCUGCCACAAAAGCUGGCGUCAUUUCACUUACCGAAAUUGCGGCCAAGGAAUUCGGAAAGUUCGGCAUACGUGUAAAUGCGAUAUUGCCUGGCUUCAUUAACACGCCCAUGGUUGAGGUAGUACCGGAUAUGGUAAAGGAGGAUGUUUUGCGUCGUUGUCCAAUGGGUCGUCUGGGUCGGCCUGAGGAGAUUGCCGAAGUCAUAGCAUUCCUGGCGUCUGAAAAGUCGUCAUAUGUGAAUGGCUCAGCGAUCGAGGUAACCGGUGGAUUAAAGUAAGCAAUAUGUGAUAGAGCUUUCAAUGCUUGUUAGAACAUUUCGGAAUUUAGAGACUAUCCAGUGAUGAAGCGUUCUUCAGUAAAGUGCCUAAAGUGAUAUUUUCACAUAAUAUACAUACAAGAAUUGUGCAUUUAUUCUUCUCUAUAUUCAUUAUCAAAAUUUUAAAUAUAUAAUGUGUGAAGAAUUAUUUU